AUGUCCCCAGAACCAGAACUAGUGGGAGAAACGAAACCACAAGCACCAGACGUAACCACGAAGCAGCAGCAAACAUGGAAACAACAGCAGCAGCAGCAGCAGCAGCAACAACUAGACCCAGCCAGACAAAUACCUACCUCUGCCCAAGCUUUGAUCUGCCCAGGAGCUUCAUCUACUGACAUGUAG